AUGAAGCAGCGCAAGUUUUCCUUCAACCUGGCGCCAGUCAAGAUUGCCUCCAAGUCAGACCUCGUCGAUAAACCCACGCCAGAACCAACCCCCUCACAGCCUCCAUCGUCACACAAGAGGCAUACCUCCAAAGACAGCAUAUGCGAUUCAUCGCCCUGGAUCAACCGCCGUGUCCUGGAUGAACAUACCGAACUAGAAUUGCGCUUAGCAUGUCGGCACAUCCUGCAGAACUUCAAGCCGUCGGAUCAUGGCAUGGAGAACACAGACCCCAAGCUCGACUUUGGUGGGCUUGGUCGACCACGCAAAGAGACAAAACCACAGGCCGCUGAGGUUAGUGUCCGCAUGCCCACUGGCGCGCCCCCAGAGUUGUCGUCGACAUCGACUUCUUUCAUGAUGCGGAAGCCCAGCACCAGGACCCGGACACGAGCAAAGGCGGAUCAGGAGAUAAGAGCAAGGACAUACGGAGACAUGCCUGCGCGCACGAAUAGCAGUCGUAAGCGAGCUGACUUCGGAUGGCUUGACGAGCGCGACGCAGAGAGAGAAGAGAAAUUGAGGACAUAUGGCAAGACUUCCAUCGACGUACCGCGGCCGGCCGUCUUCCGCAAUGACUCGGACGAAGACGUAACUCUUCCCGUAGCCGUCACAUCAACCCUCGCCAACGCCAAGAUGUCGUCGUCAGUACCCAACUCAGCAUCUCUACCCAAUCACAGGAGUAUGAACAGGUUAUCUCACCAAUCCGACAGCCCUGCUGCAGUGGCGGACGCACAAGCUGCAGAGUGGAUGCGUUCAGAACUCGAGAAGAAGCGGCAGCAAGAAGCGUCAGAAGGCCGGGGCCGAUCCAACACUUCGGUCCGACCACCCAGUCGUGCUGCGAGCAUCAAGGAGAGUGUCAAAGAAUACGUCUUCCCCGGCUCUCGUAGUCGGGCCCUGAGCCGCGCGCAAUCCAAGGACUCACUUCGUCCGACAGCCGACAACGACGACCAAGGUCUGUCACGCAGUGACUCAAAAUCAGGAUGGCGUAGCUGGGGCGUUGCCCGCAAGUUGAGUUCAAGAAGCAACAGCAGACCAGGAACUUCCAAGGGACAACCGGACGAGGCACAACCAAGGAAGUCAGAGUCCAAUGGCAUCAACUUGAACAGAGAGCUACCGCCAUUACCGAGCCUAGACACCUGGAAGGAUUUCCAAGAGCCCUCAGAAGAGAGAGUAGCACCACCGAAAUCGCCCAUGUCUCCCACUGCUGGAACACACAUUGCAAGUCUAAUGCGUCCACAAGAACAGCACCAAGAGCGUUCGCCUUCUGCGAAGAACCACAGGAGGAGUGGAUCCGAUACUUUAGCCAUGCAAUUCAAUGACGCUUUCCCUGUCCGAAAGUCCUCCCGUAAGCAGGAGACCAAGGCCAUCCCUCAGCCUAUACGAACAGGCCCAGGCAGUCCGACAAACGCCGAGGCCACGAUGACUGGCUGGUCUUCCACUAGCAACCUCGACCAACGUCUCGAAGUAGCCUCUAGCAACCACACUCGCCAACGAAGUGGAGACAGCGGCUCGGCCUCGAAUGGCAACAAGAGCGCCGACGCGUCUACUUUCUCUCGUAAGAUGAGUGUGGACACUACCGCGCGCAAAACCCUCUCGAACGAGCCCAAGACUCCAGGUCGAGAAGAGCAAAAGUCGAAACUGAAGAAGAUCUUCAGUGGUUGGAUGCACAAAAAAGACAAGAAAGAGGAUUGGAUGCACAAGAUGGAGAAGGAUGGUGUCAAGGAAGGUGUUUUGGUGCAAGAAGGCAGUACAAGUGCGUCGCCUGUGGUGCGAUACUAA